GCGGGCGCGGGGAGGCGCCGGGCGUCCUCGGGCGCGGGGAGCGGGGGCCGCGCUGACGCCGCUGCGCGCCAUGGCUGUCGCCUACCUGCUGGGCAACGGGUCCGCGCCGCUGCUCGCCGGCGCCCUGGAGGUCCCGUUCGCCGCCAACGCCUCCGCCUGCCGCCCGCCCGGGCCGCCCUGCCCGGCCUGGGGCAACGCCUCGGCGGCGCUGGGCUGGAACCGCUCCGAGCCCUGCGGCGGCGGCAAUGGCAGCGCGGGCGGCGGCGGGCCCUGCGCGCCCGCGGGCGGCGGCCCCUCCGUGGUCACCGCCAUCGCCAUCAUGGCCCUCUACUCCGUGGUCUGCGUCGUGGGGCUCUUCGGCAACUUCUUGGUCAUGUAUGUCAUCGUCAGGUACACGAAAAUGAAGACUGCCACCAACAUCUAUAUUUUCAAUCUUGCGUUGGCAGAUGCCCUAGCAACAAGUACUCUGCCAUUCCAGAGUGUGAAUUACUUGAUGGGAACCUGGCCAUUUGGUACCAUCCUCUGUAAGAUUGUUAUAUCCAUAGAUUACUACAAUAUGUUCACCAGUAUCUUCACACUCUGCACCAUGAGUGUGGAUCGCUACGUGGCUGUUUGCCACCCAGUUAAGGCCCUUGAUUUCCGCACUCCCCGAAAUGCCAAAAUUGUCAAUGUCUGCAACUGGAUUCUUUCCUCUGCCAUUGGCCUGCCAGUCAUGUUCAUGGCUACUACUAAAUAUAGGCAUGGCUCAAUUGACUGCACCCUUACAUUCUCCCACCCUGCUUGGUACUGGGAGAACCUCCUGAAAAUCUGUGUGUUCAUCUUUGCCUUCAUCAUGCCAGUCCUGAUCAUUACGGUGUGUUACGGGCUGAUGAUUUUACGCCUGAAGAGUGUUCGCAUGUUAUCCGGCUCCAAAGAGAAGGACAGGAACCUGCGGAGAAUCACAAGGAUGGUUCUCGUAGUGGUGGCAGUGUUUAUUGUCUGCUGGACUCCCAUCCACAUUUAUGUUAUCAUUAAAGCCCUGGUCAACAUCCCAGAAACUACUUUCCAGACUGUCUCCUGGCACUUCUGUAUUGCUCUAGGGUAUACAAAUAGCUGCCUUAAUCCAGUCCUUUAUGCAUUUCUAGAUGAGAAUUUCAAAAGGUGUUUCAGAGAGUUCUGCAUCCCCACUUCCUCAACCAUUGAGCAGCAAAACUCCACCCGAGUCCGACAAAACACUCGUGACCAUGCUUCCACUGCCAACACUGUGGAUAGGACUAACCACCAGUUGGAACUUCAAGAAGCUGAAACUACUCCACUGCCGUGACAGGGUCUCCUGCUGCAUGGCUCUCAGAGCAGUUGCCACUGCCACAGUGUGCUAGUGGGAACAUGUAGGAUAUGCUUUCCCUCAAAA